GAUGACAAGCUCUCUUUGCAGGGACACUUCAAACUUGGUUAAUCCAGACGCAGCAUCUUCUGUUACAAAAUUUUAAGAGACACAUGAGAAAUUAGAGUGCUGCUUGCACGUCUUUGGACUACUACUUACCCACGAGAUCCAGGGCAUUCACAAUGAGCAUUAGUGAAGACGACGUGGAAAAGUUUCUUGAUGGCAACCCUGCUUUUGCCAAGCAGUAUUUUGAGAAGAAACUAAAAACAGAGUCCUGGGAUAACAAUGAGAGUGAAAUACUUUUUGAGUUGAUCCAAGACAUGCAAGAAAGCAUCAACAUGGAGAAAGUUGUUUUCAAGACCUUGAGAAGAAUCAGGUCCCUUAUUCACGCUGACCGCUGCAGUCUCUUCAUGUACAGGCAGAGGAAUGGCACUCCUGAACUGGCAACAAGGCUUUUUAACAUCCAGGAGGGAAGUACUCUGGAGGAAUGCCUGGUGGCCCCAGACUGCGAGAUUGUCUAUCCACUGGACAUAGGCAUUGUGGGACAUGUUGCUCAGACCAAGAAAACCAUGAACAUCAAGGAUGUCCGUGAGUGUGCCCAGUUCAGCCCAUUUGUUGAUGAGCUCACCGAUUACACUACAAAAAACAUCCUUGCAACACCCAUCUUGAAUGGAAAAGACUUGGUUGCUGUCAUUGUGGCUAUAAAUAAGCUGAAUGGCCCACACUUCACCAGCUCUGAUGAAACACUUUUUCUGAAGUAUCUGAAUUUUGCAUCCCUGAACUUGAAAAUUUAUCACUUGAGUUAUCUUCACAACUGUGAGACUCGAAGAGGCCAGGUGCUGCUGUGGUCAGCUAAUAAGGUUUUUGAGGAGCUGACAGACAUUGAGAGGCAGUUCCACAAGGCUUUUUACACGGUGAGGGCAUACCUGAACUGUGACCGAUACUCAGUCGGUCUCCUGGACAUGACGAAGCAGAAGGAGUUUUUUGACCUGUGGCCAGUCCUGCUGGGAGAAGUACCUCCCUACUCAGGACCUCGAACCCCGGAUGGCAGGGAAAUAGUCUUUUACAAGGUCAUUGAUUACAUAUUACAUGGAAAAGAAGACAUUAAAGUCAUCCCAAAUCCUACCCCGGAUCACUGGGCACUAGUUACUGGACUGCCAGCCUAUGUGGCUGAAAGUGGAUUUAUUUGCAACAUUAUGAAUGCUGCUGCAGAUGAGAUGUUUAACUUUCAGGAAGGUCCUCUAGAUGAAUCAGGAUGGACUAUCAAAAAUGUUCUCUCCAUGCCAAUAGUGAAUAAAAGAGAAGAAAUUGUUGGUGUUGUCACAUUUUAUAACAGAAAAGAUGGGAAACCAUUUGAUGAACAGGAUGAAACCCUAAUGGAGUCCUUGACACAGUUCCUGGGUUGGUCUGUGCUCAACACAGACACAUACGAUAAGAUGAACAAGUUGGAGAACCGUAAGGACAUUGCUCAGGACAUGGUGCUCUACCACGUGAAAUGUGACAAGGAUGAAAUCCAGGAAAUUCUGCCAACACGAGAAAAGCUGGGGAAGGAGCCAAGUGAGUGUGACGAAGAGGAGCUGGCAAGCAUCCUGAAAGAAGAACUCCCGGGGCCCACUAAGUUUGAAAUCUAUGAGUUCAGGUUCUCUGAUUUUGACUGCACUGAGCUAGAGCUGGUGAAGUGUGGCAUUCAGAUGUACUACGAGCUUGGCGUGGUGAAAAAGUUCCAGAUCCCACAGGAGGUCCUGGUAAGGUUUGUGUACUCUGUCAGCAAAGGAUACCGGAAGAUAACUUACCACAACUGGCGUCACGGCUUCAACGUGGCACAGACCAUGUUCACACUGCUGAUGACUGGCAAACUGAAGCGUUACUACACCGACCUCGAAGCCCUUGCAAUGGUAACUGCAGCUCUGUGCCAUGAUAUUGACCACAGGGGAACCAACAACCUCUACCAAAUGAAAUCUCAAAAUCCUUUAGCUAAACUUCAUGGAUCCUCUAUUUUAGAAAGACAUCACCUGGAAUUUGGAAAAUUCUUGCUCUCUGAGGAGUCACUGAAUAUAUGUCAGAACCUCAACCGCAGGCAGCAUGAGCAUGUGAUUCACCUGAUGGAAAUUGCCAUUAUAGCAACAGACCUGGCACUCUACUUCAAGAAGCGAACAAUGUUUCAAAAGAUCGUUGAUGAGUCUAAGACGUACGACAGUGCGACUGCCUGGACUGAGUACCUGUCUCUGGAGACAACAAAAAAAGAGGUUGUCAUGGCCAUGAUGAUGACUGCCUGUGACUUGUCAGCUAUCACAAAGCCUUGGGAAGUCCAGAGUAAGGUAGCUCUACUGGUAGCAGCUGAGUUCUGGGAGCAAGGAGAUUUGGAAAUAAGCGUCCUUCAGCAGCAGCCCAUUCCGAUGAUGGACCGAAGGAAAGCUGCUGAGCUUCCAAAGCUUCAAGUGGGUUUCAUUGACUUUGUGUGUACAUUUGUCUAUAAGGAAUUUUCCCGCUUCCAUGAGGAAAUUCAGCCUAUGCUUGAUGGGCUGCUGAACAACAGAAAUGAGUGGAAGACCCGUGCUGAUGAGUAUGAUGCAAAAAUUAAAGCUCUGGAGGAAGAGAAGAAAAAAGAGGAAGAGAGAAUGGCUGCAAAAAGAGGUGAAAUAACCUGUAAUGGAGGAACAGCUCCAGCUUCCAGAACCUGUAGCAUACUUUAAACCUAUUCUCACUGAAAUAUAUGCCACACAAAAUGAGAAUACCCACAUAAAAACAACAAACAACAAUAACAACAAACAAAAACUCAAACAAAAACAUACCCUAAACAAACAA